AUGGAGGCAGCAGACAUCUCUCAGAAGCGGCUUCCUCCUUGCGAGGGGAUGGAGACACCUUUAAGCGCAGGCGAAGCAGCAACAAGCUGCGGCAGUGCUGCUGCUAGCGGCCCCUGCAGCAGCGGCAGCAACAGCAGCAGUAGCACGCGGAGCAGCAGCAGCAGCAUAAUAUGCAGCAGCAAGAUGAACGACAGCAACGCUCUGGGGCUCAGCAGCAGCAGCACCGGCCUCAGCAGCAGCACGAGGAGCCACAGCAGCAACAUCAGCAUCACCCCCCACAACAACAACAGCAGCAGCAGCAGCAGCAGCAGAAUAGAUGGCUUGAAGGAGCUGUCUAGAGAGCUCUUCAACAUGUCUCAAGGAGACAGUAAAGGAGACAUCCCACCCUGUCUCCUCGCAGACACCCCGAUGCACAGUCCUCGCUUAUCUGCAGCACAACUGCAGCGCGAAGAAGAGCAUUGGGAAGCUGUAUUCAACAGCAACAGACACAAGCAGCAGCAGCAGCAGCAGCAGCAGCAGCAGCAGGACUGGAAGGGGGCCUUGGGAGAUUCAAACAAACGCUCUGCUGCAGCUAGCAGCAAAAUAAACAACACAAACGCAGCAAGCGAUGUCCAGCAGCAAAAUGAAAUCCGCGUGCCUUUCUACUCUCGGGGUUCUUUAAAGCGCCGCAGCAUUAAAACCGUAGACGGUUGGAUUGAGCAGCUGCUGCGCUGCGAGCCGCUGAAGCAGGAAGAGAUAACGCAACUCUGCUGUCUCCUUGAGGAAGUCUUAGUGAGAGAGCCGAAUUGUUUAUCAGUGCGGAGCCCUAUAACAAUUGCAGGGGACAUCCACGGGCAGUUUUACGAUUUGUUAGAAUUGUUUAGAGUCGGGUUUAGCAGAGAGAGUUUAAGUUGUUUAGAGUUGGUUGGGAGACACUUCGAUGAAAAGGAGACAGCAGGAACAGCAACACAGCAGCAGCAACAGCAACAGCAGCAGCAACAGCAACAGCAGCAGCAGCAGCAGCAGCAAUUAUGA